CUAUACAGGCAGUGACCGAGUCGGGUCUCACUCCGAUCCAUGUGGCGGCUUUCAUGGGACACGAUAACAUCGUCACUCAGCUGACGAAUCAUGGAGCUUCUCCAAACACAACUAAUGUGAGGGGAGAGACGGCGCUCCACAUGGCAGCGAGGGCCGGCCAGGCUGGCGUGGUCAAAUACCUGGUUCAGAGUGGAGCCAGAGUGGAGGUCAAGGCCAAGGACAACCAGACCCCGCUCCACAUCUCCAGUCGUCUGGGGAAGCCUGACAUCGUGCUGUAUCUGCUGCAGAAUGGGGCGUGUCCUGACGCCACUACCACCUCUGGCUACACCCCCCUACACCUGGCUGCCAAAGAGGGACACAGAGACGUCUCCUCAGUCCUCCUUGACCAGGGGGCUUCUCCAGACAUCACUACCAAGGUACACACUACACCCAACACACUUCACACUACUAACCCUACACACUACUAACCCGAUUAGAGAGGGACACAGAGACAUCACCUCAGUCCUCCUUGACCAGGGGGCUUCUCCAGACAUCACUACCAAGGUACACACU